UACCUUCAUUCAAUAUUCAAACCUCUCUCUAUUUCUUCUCCUUUUCUCUCGCCGUUCCUCUUUUCUCUCCCAUCCUUCUCUCUCUCUUAGAGAUUUCAUUGCUGCGACUGACAACCACAUUGCUGAUCACCCAUGUCUGCCACUUCCAGCGCUUGCCAUUUUCGUGGUCUUUUUCCUUCCUCUUGUCAUAUUUUCUUGCUCCAUCAAUUUUCUAGAAACAAGAUGGCAAAUUUGACUCACUUGUCCAACUUUAGCUUCCUCUCUUAGUGACGUUUUAGCUGUUCAAGCUUGCAUGCCCUUGUUAAACAUUUCAGGAGCAAAUUGAUAUAAAGGUGUUAGGAAAACUAAACCCGUGUCCGUCUUCACAUGCUUGCUAUAUAUAAACCAUUCCUUUGAGACAACGUUGCCAGAAGUUUAAUAGCCUCCUCUUGUAAGUCUAGCUGUAGCCUUGAGGAUUCAAACAACUAGAUGUCAUUUUCCUGUACCAAAAACUUCUUCCAGCGGUUCUGUAAUGAUGAAUUUCAAAUGGACAAUGAUAUUCGUGGCAGUUUCUUCUCAAGUGAUCUCCUUCCAUCACUUGGGGCCAGAAUUAACCAGACAACGAAGCUACGUCGAUACAUCAUUUCCCCUUUCAAUCCUCACUAUAGGGCCUGGGAGAUGUGGCUGGUUGUUCUAGUCGUUUACUCUGCCUGGAUCUGUCCAUUCGAGUUUGCAUUCUUAACUUAUAAGAAAGAUGCACUUUUCAUUAUAGACAACAUUGUCAAUGGCUUCUUUGCCGUUGACAUCGUUCUCACCUUCUUUGUUGCAUACCUCGAUAGCCAAUCAUACCUCCUUGUUGAUGAUCCCAAGAAGAUUGCUACAAGGUACAUAACUACCUGGUUUGCCUUCGAUGUAUGUUCCACCACUCCAUUUCAGUCUCUCAGCGUUAUGUUCACAGAUCAUGGUAGUGAACUAGGGCUCAGGCUACUCAACAUGCUCAGACUCUGGCGUUUGCGACGAGUCAGUUCCCUGUUUGCAAGACUUGAGAAAGACAUCCGCUUCAACUACUUCUGGACUCGGUGCACCAAGCUCAUUUCUGUGACCCUAUUUACAGUACAUUGUGCUGGAUGCUUUAACUAUUUGAUUGCAGAAAGAUACCCUGAUCCUUCGAAAACCUGGAUUGGUGCAGUAUACCCCAAUUUCAAAGAACAGGGUCUCUGGGACAGAUAUAUAACUUCAAUUUACUGGUCCAUCACAACGCUUACUACAACUGGUUAUGGGGAUUUGCAUGCUGAGAAUCCAAGAGAGAUGUUAUUUGAUAUCUUUUACAUGCUGUUUAAUUUGGGAUUAACAGCUUAUCUCAUCGGGAACAUGACAAACCUCGUAGUUCACUGGACAAGCCGGACCCGUAAUUUUAGGGAUACAAUUAGAGCUGCUUCAGAAUUUGCAACACGCAAUCAAUUACUCUCCCGCAUACAAGAUCAAAUGCUUUCACACAUAUGCUUAAGAUUCAAAACAGAAGGAUUGAAACAGCAAGAGACCUUGAAUAGUUUGCCAAAAGCCAUUCGCUCUAGCAUUGCACAGUAUCUCUUCUUCCACAUUGUGCAGAAAGUCUACCUCUUCCAAGGAGUUUCUCAUGACUUCCUGUUUCAGUUGGUGACAGAAAUGGAUACCGAAUAUUUCCCACCCAAAGAAGAUGUCAUUCUGCAGUAUGAAGCCCCAACAGAUCUCUAUAUACUUGUCUCGGGAGCAGUUAACUUAAUCUCCCAUGCUGAUGGGAAAGAUCAGGUUAUCGGAAAGUUAGCAGCAGGUGACAUGUUUGGAGAGAUUGGAGUUCUAUGUUAUAGGCCACAGCCAUACACCGUAAGGACCACAAAGCUUUGUCAGAUACUACGAUUGAAUGGAACUUCACUGAUGAGCAGCAUACAAGUAAAUAUGGAAGCUGGGAAUGUCAUUAUGCGUAAUUUUUACAUGAAAUUGAAUGGUCUAGAGGGCGGCAGCUUUGACCAGCUCAAUGUAGGAGCAGUAAGAGGUAGUUGUUCGGACACUGGAUUUGAAGAGCAACCACAGAGAUAUGCAUCAAACAAAGAAGCAAUAGACAUAGAUUUCUUGGGAUCAAAUGCUAUAGAGAAGAAUCAAACAAGUAGAUAUUCAGAUAAUGGAAUUUCAACAACAGAGAAUGACCAAACAGCUCUCCAUGAUGCUGUUCGCAAGGGGCACAUUGAAAUGGUUAAGAUUUUGCUUGAAGGAGGAGAAAGUGUAAAUAAACUAGAUGCAAGAGGAAGGACACCAAAAGCAUUGGCAGAGCACCAAGAAAACAAGAGCAUAUAUGAUCUCUUACUGAGUUAUGAAAACAAAAGAAAGAAAGAUGAACAUAUGAUAGAGAUUAUUGGGCCAGAAACAACCGACGACCCUAAGAAUAGUCAGAGCAAACAUAGAAGUGAGACUCAAAAUUUCUUCAAACCGCACAAUUAUUAUAAAGAGGUAACAAUAACGACCAAGAAAAGAGUUACUAUUCACAUGCAGUUCCAGAGCAGCAGUGCGUCAAGUAGACAACUUGGAAAGUUGAUACUCCUACCGGAUUCAAUACAAGAGCUGCUCAGAGUGGCUGGUGAGAAGUUUGGAUGCUACACAUAUAAGAAAGUUGUUAAUGCUGAGAAUGCCGAAAUAGAUGAUAUAGAUGUCAUUCGGGAUGGUGAUCAUCUGUUUCUCCUUCAAAAAUGAAGGUGAAAAUGUUCGUUCAGUGUGACCUGAUGAUAAUAAAUGGCCACUCAUUCGUUAUAGAUGCACAGCUUGUAACCUUGAGGCAGUGCCAAUGAUAAUAAAAUACAAAAAAAAAAAAAAACAGGAUCAGUUGAUUUGGGAGUCACGAUCGCAA